CUGGGGGCCGCGCGCAUGCGCGGGGCGCGGGCUGGCGGCGGCGGCGGAGGCGAAUUAAAAUGGAAGAUGAGGAGGUCGCUGAGAGCUGGGAGGAGGCGGCCGACAGCGGGGAAAUAGAUAGACGGUUGGAAAAGAAGCUGAAGAUUACACAGAAGGAAAGAGCCGGGUCUUCAAGACUGGAUGUAGCUACAGCUAUGGGGAAGCCUUUUAAGAAAAAGACACUCAAAGGAAGAAAUGGUAGAAAAUCAAAAUCUCCUCCUAAAGUGCCGAUUGUGAUUCAGGACGACAGCCUUCCUUCAGGUCCUCCCCCGCAGAUCAGGAUCUUAAAGAGGCCUACGACAAACGGCGUGCUUAGUAACCCCAACUCCACUAGCAGGCCAGCGUUCCCUGUGAAAUCCUUGGCGCAAAGGGAGGCAGAGUACGCAGAAGCCAGAAAACGAAUAUUGGGCAGCGCGAGCCCCGAAGAAGAGCAGGAGAAACCAAUUCUAGAUAGGCCAACGAGGAUCUCCCAGCCGGAAGAUACCAGACAGCCCAAUAAUGUGAUUAGGCAGCCACUGGGUCCCGAUGGUUCACAAGGCUUCAAACAACGCAGAUAAAUGUGGGCAACAGAUCAUGCUGCGGAAAGCAGGGUCAGCCGCCACGGGUUGCACUGCCGCGGUGGACAAAUGGACUUGAGCAAAGGGAACUACCUGGUUUACUUGCACUGUGAUCCCCUUUGCUCUGCCCACUGUGACCUUCAAACCCCAUGCACUGUGACCUCCCCGCUCCACCCACUGUGAUCGGCAUACCGACAAGGGCUGUCCCAAGUCACUGUAAAAGGAAAGGGGAGGGAGGGGUAUAAAGGACUCGGACGGGUGCAGAGAGUCGUGUGUGCCACUUUGGUUGAAGCUAGCGCCAGCAAUAAUGUUUGUUUGUACUCAUAACCUGGGAUUUAAGGAAAAAAAAAAAAAGCGGGAAGCCUCCCCAGAUGCGCAUGUUGUCUUCAUCACUUUAAGAGCAAGUUCUGUUUCAAAGGAUCUCUCUUUGUUUUCUGUUUGUAUAUCAGAUCAACUUUCAAUGGAGUGCAUGGGAAGGGUUUUAACUGUUUAGUUUGUUUUAAUUGAGAGAGGUAGUUAAGCGUUCUAAAAAGGAGUUUCAGUGAAUUUUCUGCAACAUUAAUGGCUAGGAUUUGGCAAGCUUAGCUUCUUGUUCUGUAUUUCUACUGCUGCCAAGCGAAUGGAAGUGGACUCCUGGAUACCUGGGCUUUCCCAUUGCCUUGGCCUUGGAAGCCAGUGGAGUCUGAUGACCUAGUUUACAUACUGCACCUGUUAAAGCUUGGCUAGUGUGUUCUGCUGGCUUGAGGAAUAACUUAAAAUACAUCUAUUUGUAUUUGGGGAGAAGGGAACGUGGACAGAUCCCAUGAAAAUGCCUGCUGCCCAGUUACUGUUUGCAGCAGAGAGAGCAGGGCGGUGAUGAACUAGGGCUCUGUUGCAUCUGGACUUGCAGGCUAGGAAGCGGGUAGGCAGUGCCGCACGGCUCUCUUCUGGUCCGUGAAACGCACGGUAAAGGAGCCCCGCUCUGUAAAGCCUGUGCUCGUCAAGUGACUGACGUAACGGCAGGGGCAGGACGACCGCUGCUCCAAAUGUUUGAACCUAAGUGGCUUAUGAUGAACCGAAGGCUCUGAUCUCUCAGUUACGGUACAAGUCUGUGCUGUACCUGAUGCAUUUACUUCUAGAAAUCACAGACGUUGGGAACAAAGUGCGUUCAAUAAAGCUUGGAAAACUCCCUGUCUUCAUGCAUUGUGGGUGGUAACAGCUGGCUUUCUGCUAGGCUGCAGGGAACCGGUUGCUUUUGCUUCUCCAACUCCCCAAAAAAGAGGACAGGGUCUGAGGCAGGGACUCCAGCUUGCAGUCUGAAAACUUUUUCUGGAUGAUAGGAGCGAUACCAGGUACCGCCAAAUGUGUUUAUUGUAAGACACUGUUGAAUAUGGAUGCUUUGCCUGUGCCCAAUGCUGUCUGUCUUAUUGCAUUGUCUAACUCUCUGUACCCUAGGCAAGAAAGCUGACCUACUCUUAAUGUUACUGUCUUGAGAGAUUAGAUGAACACUAAAAUGCUCUUUUUGGAGGGAAUGUAAAGAACGCCGCUUGUGUGCGAGCGACUCCAGGCUGAGAAGUGUUUCUGCAUGUUGCUAGAAUCUCUCACUGUAGACGGACCUGCCUGGCAGAGGAACGGGCUGUACCGUUCAUGACCCCGGGCUGCCGACGCAGAAGGCUUUAGACGGUUCCUCUGGCUGAAAUGGCCAUGGGCUGGCUGAUUACUGUGUUCUCAAAAGGUAGAAUAUCACCUCUGGUUCUUGGAGGAUGUAUUCUGUACAAGCGCGGUGUUGCCUACCGUGUGUGCUCAGUAGGUUGAGCAGUAAACAACCAAAUCUGACUACUUCUGCCUGAAAAGAAGCAAACGUACAGAGCAUCUUCCACCCUGCAUUGUAUGGGAGACUCCCAUACGAUAAACCAAGACUUGUACGGAAAUACAGUUUUUAAAAAAAAAUAAAAAAAGAAAGAAAUUACUGGUAAAAUAAAACUACCUGUGUACAAAGAGAUGGAAUCUGCUAGAACCUUAAUCUGCUAAUUGAAUCGGUGCCACCUUCCACCGAAAGUCCCCUCUCCCUCCCCCAAAUCAGGUGAGCCCUCAACGGUUGGUACAGGAUGAUGUUCUUUACUCUACUGUAAGGUGGGGAGGAUGACCACAGGUGGCAGAAGGCCAGGCGGGCCAGGAGUUUGGCCCAAGUCUUCGUGGUCUUAAGAGGCCAUAGUCUUAACGUUUACUGAACUCCCUCUCAGGUAGGGCUCGGGUCGUACUGCCGAGGCGUCUGUGCAAGCACCCGCCAGCUGCUUGGCGGGCCGCGUUCCUCUUGGGGUUUUUUUAUUAUUUUUUUCUUUGCAGGCUGGCAGUAAAGAAAAAUCCCCGGGGAAGAGCAGCUCAGCAAGGGAAGGGUAGGUGGGGUGGGGAGCGAGAAGGGAGAAAGACAUUAGCAAUAACCGUAGUCACCGCGCCUUUCCUUAACUAUUGCUCGAAAUAGCUUUUACUUUGGAGGGUCAGCUGCUGGCAAAAAGAAAAAGAAAAAAAACUCCUGACGUAGCUUUGGAUACCUUGCUGACAUUAGAAGUCUUCUCCUGCCCGGUUAUCCCGUAAGUCAGGUGCCUCCGAUCCUUGCUAGCUGCACGGCAGACCUCGUCCUCCAGCACCGACCUCGCGUAACUAGUAGCCAACUGGGUAGGGGCCGCCGGGGAUUCCCGUCUCCGGCUUCUCUGUCCCUGUAGCGUGCUGAGCCGGGAGGCUUCCGACCCGCGGGCGGGCGGGAAGACGGCGCUCCUGGAAACGCGCGCUCCCCGGCCCCUCUUCCAGGCGGACGAUGGGUGCGGGGAGCCCCGCUCCGGGAACUGGGGGUCGGGGAGCAGUCGGCCGCCUUGUUUGCGCGGGGGGGGGGGUGUUCGAGCUCUCGUUCGAAUAAUACCUGUUUAUAGGGGUGUGCGUGGUCCUAGGGGCGCUUCGGGGGCCUCCUGCACGGGCCGAGCUCCCGAAAAGCGCGCAGAAUACAGCCAGAGCAUCCCGUCUCCCCCAUAAAAGUGCGCCUAAGUAUGCAGAUAAACAUUUUAUAAAUUGUAUUUUAAAUAAACGUGUUUAAACUUUUAA